CACCGGAAAUAACAAGAAUAAGGAUGAAUAAAAAAAAAAAAGUAAGGAAAACCAAAAAAAGAAAAAGAAAUAAACAGGGUAACACAGCAAGGAAAGAGUCUCCUUCACAUCAUCACCACCUGCAAGUAACAUAGAAAAGAGACCCACUCUCUUUUCUCUCCUUCUCUUUUGGUUUUGGGUCUUCUCCAAAUCUAAUAUCCGUCCAUUUCUGUCUCAUCGUCCAGGAUUUUUGUUACUAUAAAACGAAAAGAAAAGUAGCGGUGCAGAAUUCAAUCAUACCCGGAAAACUAAUCUAUUACAAUCAAACCAGACGGUAGAGGGAAAGACAUGUCUUGUUCGUCUUCAUCAGGUUCGGAGGAAGAUGAGGAGGGAAUGGAGUCGUACAGAAAAGGAGGGUACCACGCCGUCAGAGUUGGGGAUCAGUUCGCAGGAGGCCGCUACAUCGCUCAGAGGAAGCUGGGUUGGGGCCAGUUCUCCACCGUCUGGCUCGCCUACGAUACUCGCACCUCUGAAUUUGUGGCUCUCAAGAUCCAGAAAAGUGCAGCACAAUUUGCUCAAGCUGCACUUCAUGAGAUUGAAGUCCUUUCAGCUAUUGCCAGUGGCGAUCCCUCAAAUUCCAGAUGCAUUGUGAGACUCAUUGACCACUUUAAGCAUACAGGCCCAAAUGGGCAGCAUCUUUGCAUGGUGCUUGAGUUUCUUGGCGAUAGCUUACUCCGGCUGAUCAGGUAUAAUCGAUACAAGGGCCUUGGAUUAAAUCAAGUUAGGGAGAUCUGCAAGUGCAUUUUGGCAGGUCUGGACUAUUUGCAUAGAGAGCUUGGUUUAAUCCAUACUGACCUGAAACCUGAAAAUAUUCUUCUCUUUUCCACCAUUGAUCCUAGCAAAGACCCAGUUAGGUCUGGACUCACACCAAUUCUUGAGAGGCCUGAAGGGAAUCCAAAUGGAGGAACUACUAUGAAUCUCAUUGAAAAAAAGUUGAAAAGAAGGGCGAGGAGAGCAGUUGCUAAGAUAUCUGAAAGAAGAGCUUCUAUGGGAGGAGGACUAGGAGGAGGAGGUGCAAAAUCUGAGAGAAAUCUGGAUGGGAUUGAUGUGAGAUGCAAGGUUGUGGAUUUUGGAAAUGCAUGUUGGGCUGAUAAUCAGUUUGCACAAGAAAUCCAAACUAGGCAGUACAGAGCUCCUGAAGUUAUACUACAAGCUGGAUAUUCCUUCUCUGUUGAUAUGUGGUCAUUUGCUUGCACUGCGUUUGAACUUGCUACUGGGGACAUGAUGUUUGCUCCUAGUAGUGGAAAAGGGUUUAGCGAGGAUGAGGAUCAUCUUGCUCUAAUGAUGGAACUCCUUGGAAAGAUGCCUCGAAAGGUAGCCAUUGGAGGAGCACGGUCCAAAGAUUUCUUCGACAGACAUGGGGAUCUAAAGAGAAUUCGGAGGCUGAAAUUCUGGCCGCUUGAUCGAUUGCUGGUUGAUAGGUACAAAUUUUCUGAGAAUGAUGCGAGUGAGUUUGCAGAGUUUCUUUGUCCCCUUUUCGAUUUUGCACCAGAGAAGCGACCAACUGCUCAGCAGUGUCUGCAGCACCCAUGGCUCAGUCUCAGGAAUUCAACACAAGGUGAGAUGAAUAAUGAGGCUAAUCUGGGAAACUUAAAUGUUGGGAUGAGCAACCUUCAGAUUAAGGUGGGUAAGUGAACAAGGCAUGAAAAAUGUUGGUAGAGCCACACUUUAUUUCAGAGCCCCUCCCUUCCCUUGUAUGACUAUUGAUUGCAAUUUUUUGUUAUGUUACGGUGAUAUUAAGAUUUAUUUAUUUUACUAACUCUACAAGAUGUAAACUAGUAAUGAUUCUUGAGAGUUGAUGACUUUAAUGAGAAACGUUUGACUGCAA